AUGUCCGACGCCAACUCCCUGGUGACCUUCGAGCGCACCAUCAGUUCCGCCAGUCCCGUCGACCCCGCGGUCGACUUCGUACCCACCCCCAUGGAGUUCAUGGACGGGGUCGCAUACCGACUUGGCAACGCCUUCUCCAUCAUGGAGGCCAGAAGAACCCUCGCAGCCCGCGAGCAGGCUGCAGCUGGAAUCGACCAGCCCAGCGCGGAUAACGAGCCCGUCGAGGCCGCCGCAAGUGCAUCCGACAACGUGUCGGUGACGGACCUGGACUGGGUCCUCGAGCUGCCCCCAUGCCCCUAUGCCAGCGAUGGCUCAGGCGAGGAACUUGCUCUCCUCAACCAGCAGUACGCCGGCCUCAACGGCGUGCUCCAGGAGGUCCUAGCGGCCGAGGAGGCUGAGGAUAUGGAUGAUGCCGAGUAG